CGCGCGUGUGUCUCCACGCGUCCAGAAGACAUGGCCCACCACGACUCCUACCUACCUGGCGCUCUGCUGCUUCCGCUGCUGCUGCUGACAGCUGGCGUUCCGUCAACUGCGCUAGCCCUCAAACGUCUGCCGAGCUACGUGCCGCUGUGCCGGCGCGGCGACCCCGCCUUCGACGAGUGCCUGCGACGCGCGACGGCCGAGCUGCGGCCACACCUCGCCAAAGGGGUGCGCGAGCUGCACAUCCCGCCCCUGGAGCCGCUGUCGCUGCCGGAGGUGGACCUGCAGCAGGACGCUCCCGCCCUUACGUAUCGCGCCAGGCUCACCGGCAUUCAGCUCUAUGGCCUCUCCGACUACGUCUUCAGCAACGUUAGAGCGGACGUGGACCACGGCGUGCUGACCGGCUCCCUGCGGCUGCCGCGGCUGCGCCUGGAGGCCGGCUACCACAUCGACGGCACCGUGCUGCAGCGGCGCAUCAGGGGCACCGGCUCGCUCACGGCCAACAUCACGGACACGGCAGCGGAGGUGGAGGUACGCCUGCGCACUGUGUCGCGUCGCGGGGAGAAGUUCCUCACUGUUUCGGACACGGCGCUGCGGCUGGACGUGGGAGCCGCUAUGGUGCUCUUCCGCAACCUCGAGCAGGGAAGCUCUGACAUCGUGAUGGCGACGAACAGCUUCCUGAACGAGAACUCGGUGUCAUUGGUGCGCGAACUGCGGCCUGCUGUGGAGAGUGUGGCGGCCAUGGUGCUGCGAGACGUGCUCAGCAAGGCGUUCCGCGCCGCACCGCUGCGCGUACUCUUCCCCGAAGACGCCAAGCACUGAACUGCAGAAACAUUCACUGCCGCUCAACACCACUUCCGCUUCUCACCAGACUCCCUCUCUCGCAACACAUGUCGUCCUAUUUGGCAGCUACGUGACCGAGGGGCAACGCGAAAUUAGAUACGAGCGUUCCCCUCCCCCUCCCCCCACCCCCUCAGCGUUUAUCAAAAUGAUGUUUUUAUCUCACUGUGGCCCUUUAUUGUUUUCAGAUUCUGUAGCUCGAGUCCUGCGCUUCCCGUGGAAGUGAUAGAGAAAUUGAAUCAUAGCGCAGUGAAAAUAGUUACGUAACAUUAAUGAUACCAGCUUCCUGUCAAAGCAGAAAGAAUGUGCUCCAAGGAACACUCUUUCAUUGCUCGUAAUACACUAAAAAGUAAACAUGAAGAAGAUCGAGUGAUUAUGUAACAAAUUAUUAUCGUAGCUGUCAUUGCCGAGAGUGAAUAAUGUUUGGUUUUAUUGUUUAUUUAACUAUAAUUUUUUACUUAAGACUGAACGAACUGAGUUCCAUAUAGUUACGAGGGACAUAAUUUUCAUAUGUCAUACCUACAAAGUACAAAACAUAUAGGCUCUUAUUUAAUAUUUAUUUUUAUUUUUGGCUUAUAACUGUGUGUACUGCAAUUUUGUAACUUGUUAAUUAUAUUAAGAAUAAAACUUCAUUUAACUGAUACUUUUAUUCCUUCAGCCUUAAAUAUUUGAUACUUGAUUGUUACAUCUCCAGUCUCUUUUACUGCUACAUGUCUCUUCGCCUGUUUCUUGCACAAACUAGUGAGUGUCUGUAAAAUGGUAUUAAUUUUGGCUUUCUAUUUGCUUUCUUUCUUACGAUAUCUUCUUUUCAACUGUUAAUCCUUGUAUGAGUUACGUAUUUCGUUCCCUGUCCCUGUCGAACAUAUUGUUCCCAGAAAGCUUAUCCAAUACUCUAACCCUUUAUUCUAGCAUUUUAGAUUUCUGUUUUCACUAGUGUUAGAGAUUCACUGACACAUCAUAGAUGGAAUGGCUAUUCUCCAGAAAUUUUUUAAAAAUUUUCUAGCAUUAACAUUAUAUUAAGUAAUAACUUACUUUGUUACAACGGUUUCGCUGAUGUAUUUGAUUGUAACUACAUUGUUUUAGGGUCAUUACUCAACGUAAAGUAAAUUUAUUCUUUUACUUUUCUGUUGUUCGAUGUCAUUGUCUUCGAUACUGACUCCUGUUCGUAAGCUGAGUAAUUCAUACAGUCAAACUUCGC